CCAGGUUAAUAGAGAUCAGAUUUGACCAGGGAAGACCUCCUGAGUACCUUGGCUACAGACAAGGGGGAGGAAGCCAAGAAAGACUACCAGACAGGUGAUAUGUAAGCUGAUUUCUCUGCAUGGAAACAGCUCAGAGAUGAGACAGACAGGAAGUGACCGAGCUGGGCAGGAAGAGGAAGUGAUGUAUCUGGGCUGAGAGCAAAUGAGAGAACAAGAGGAAGGCAUCUAGGCGUGGGAAGACAAGAAGUAACUCGCUUUGGAAGCUGCAGAGUUGGUGAGGGCCAGCGGAGCGACUCCUCGUGGCUGGGGAAGCGGCUGCUGAUGCUGCGGAAGUGGGCGAGCAUGGCCAGCGCGGCGGCGGCGGAGGCGGAGGAGGCGAGCGCGGCGGCGGCGGAGGCGGAGGAGGCGAGCGCGGCGGCGGAGGAGGCGGUGGAGGCGGCAGCGGCGGAGGAGGCGGAGGCCAGGGAGAACCCGCUCGUGUUCCUGUGCUCGCGCUGUAGCCGGCCGCUGGGCGACUCGCUCACCUGGGUCACCAACCGGGAGGACGACAACUGCAUCCUCCUGCGCUGUGUUUCCUCCAAUGUGUCGGUGGACAAAGAGCAGAGACUGUCCAGGUGCAGAGGUGAGGAGGGCUGCGUUCUUGAGACCCUGCAUUGUGCAGGCUGUUCCCUCAGCCUCGGCUGUGUGUACAGACGCACGCCCAAGAACCUCGAGUACAAGAGGGACUUGUUCUGCCUCAGCGUUGAAGCCAUUGAAAGUUACACUUUAGGGUCGGCCGAAAAGCACAUCGUGUCGGGAGACAAGGAGCUUCUCAAUCUGGAAAGCAGAGUUGAAAUGGAGAAGUCCAUACAGCAGAUGGAAGACGUCCUGACGGCCUUGCAGACGAAGCUGUUGGAGGUUGAAUCAAAACUGCCCCUCGCUGGCUGCAGCCGCUGACCUGCCCCUACCCCACCUGCCCCACCCUGUUCCUAAAGCGCGGUCAGACUCUUUCUGUGUAGUUUACGGAAAGAAGUUCUCUGUAUGUGAAUUUUAAAGCCAGUUUAUGUUAUGAUACAUGCUGGAAGGAGAUUUUGUGAGGGUUUUUGUUUUGUUUUUUGUUUUUAAGACAGGGUUUUUCUGUGUAGCUUUGCGCCUUUCCUGAAACUCACUCUGUGGUCCAGGUUGGCUUCGACUCACAGAGAUCUGCCUGCCUCUGCCUCCCGAGUGCUGGCAUUAAAGGCAUACGCCACCAGUUUUUUUAUUAUUAUUAAAAAAAGGGGGGGGAUUUUUCUGCCUUUUUGUUAAGUUCAUUAUACAUGUGCAUUUUUGUAUUUUUUUAAAAACUUUGUCACUUAAUACUUUGGAUAUUAAAGAGUGAGUAGUA